AAAAAAAAAUUUGAAAAAUUUGAUGGCCAGAAGUAUCCUUUCAACCCAAUCAAAGAUCCCCAAGAACGUAUUUUUUUACGCUUUCAAUCGGUUGUUGAACACCGCCGCAUCCUCCUCCGCCGCUGCCUUCACUUCCGCCGCUUCUACGCCGCCGCCGCCGCCGCUCAAUCUUGCUGUCUCUCCGGCGGCACCCACCGUCGAUUUUUCUGACACAAAGGCCUUGUUUGGGUCGUUAUCAACGUUGGAGGUCCUACACGCCGCCGCCAGCCUCCAUGUCGCCGCUGUCGGCCCUGUCGUAGACGUCGGAAUGUGGGUUAUGAACUCUAAAUUGAUGGAUGUUGAGUUGGCUCGUGAUGUAAUUUUUGGUACCGUUAGACAUAGUUUUUACCGACAUUUUUGCGCCGGUGAGGACGACACGGCUGUCGGGAAAACCGUUCGCCGGUUGCAUGAUGUCGGGCUGAGAAGCAUGCUCGAUUACGCUAUUGAAUACGCCAACGAUGAGGAGUCCUGUGAUCGGAAUCUUCAUGGGUUUCUCCGAACCAUUGAGGCCACUAGAGCUCUCCCACCUGGCUCUGCAAGCUUUGUGGUGGCUAAAGUGAGCGCAAUUUGCCCAUUGAGAUUGCUAGAGAGAGUGAGUGACUUGUUAAGAUGGCAACAAAAGGACCCAUGUUUGAAUCUUCCAUGGAAGCUCAAAACAUUCCCAAUUUUCUCUGAAUCAAGCCCUCUUUACCACACUCUUCAACAGCCCAAUCCCUUAACAAACGAAGAACAAAAAAGCCUCCAAAUAAGCCAUCAAAGGCUAAUGAAAAUCUGCCAAAGUUGCGUGGAUGCCAACGUUCCUUUAGCCAUCGACGCCGAGCACACCAAAAUUCAACCCGCCAUUGAUUACUUCACAUACUCCGCCGCCAUCAUCCACAACAAAGACCAUAACCCGAUAGUGUAUGGAACCCUCCAAGCCUAUCUAAAAGACGCAAAGGAUCGGCUUUUGUUAGUCACCAAAGAGGCCAACAAAAUGAGAGUUCCUCUUGGGAUUAAGCUCGUGAGAGGUGCUUAUAUGUCUAGUGAAUCCAAGCUCGCUUCUUCUCUUGGAUUUGAAUCUCCCAUUCACAAUAGCAUUCAUGACACACAUGCAUGCUAUAAUAGUUGCGCGUCGUUCUUGCUCGACAACAUCGCCGUAGGCUCGAGCGGAGCUAUUCUCGCUACCCACAACGUCGACUCAGGAAAAUUAGCGGCGAAGAAAGCAUACGAGAUAGGGAUCGAGAAGUUGAAGGAGAAGCUCGAGUUUGCUCAAUUGUAUGGAAUGUCGGAAGCGUUGUCUUAUGGGUUAAGAAACGCAGGGUUUCAAGUAAGCAAAUACAUGCCAUUUGGAGCAGUGGAUAUGGUAAUGCCAUACCUUUUAAGAAGGGCAGAGGAGAAUAGAGGUCUCUUAUCGGCCUCAAAUUUGGACAGACAGCUUAUGAGAAAGGAGCUCCGGAGGAGGAUGAAAGAGUACUUGAGGGGUGAAAGAAGGGCCUUUUAGCAAAUUCUCCAUUCUACAAAAUUUGCAAUUUAGUUCCUUUCAGCAAUUUUUGCCAUUUAGCUUACCGCUCGCUAUCGUCUCGAUCAUCAUUUAUAAUCUUGUUUUUCAUAAACCGAACCAGAAAUCUUCAUGUAAACAGAUAAUAAAACAGAGAUAAAUUUCUUCGA